AAGAUGAACUCAUAUGGAGGACCACCCUAUCCGUAUACGAGCUAUUCAAAUUCCUAUUGCUAUGAUGGAUACUCUACAUCCCAAGGGUAUGAUCUGAGUCAUUCUUACACGACAUCUCAAGGCGGAUAUGAUUCUUAUACUCCAAAUAACUACGAGACGCCUUAUUAUCAACAUUCAUCUCCCGACUAUCACCAAGAGGUUUUGGCGAACACUCAAGAGGUACUUACAAGCCUUCUAUCAGUCAUAGAGGAGUUUCAUAAUUGGAGGAUCAUUCCCGUUCCAUCCGUACUUCAAACUCAACUCACAAAGUUCGACUCUACCGUAGUUGCUUUCCUCGACUUAGACACAUCUCAUAUUCUGCUUGGUAGAUAUUAUUCUCUAUCGGCGAAAGUGUGUCGAGAAAGUGCACGGUUAGAGGGUGAAUUUCGAGCUAUGGUGGAACAGUUUGCUUCUCUCAAACAGGCGGGCCUCACUCUCGUUUAUGAUGGAACACAAUCUCUCGACACGAGUGAGGACAUUGACGAUUUGUAUGUUAGAAGAAUCUCCUCUCAUGACGAUCCAGGAUUACAAACCAUGUCAAACCUACAUUUCAGUGAUGGUGCGAUCACUAUCGAUGAAAGCGAGUGUGUGGAUUCAAAGAAGAUACGGUGCAUGGU